UGUCUACCGCAAAGCACAGUGGAACGAACACAGUCGGGAAUCGUUUAUAUACCUUCCCCAAUCCCUCCCCAGUGCCAUCAUCACCCCGAGUUGAAACAUACAUUCACCUCAGGCAGAAUCAAGUAGCACCACCACUCAUAUUCUUCUAUAACCAAUCAUGUCUAAGAUCUACACUUGCUCUGCUCAUCCUGGCUGCAACGCAACUUUUACCAGGUUCAUCGACUUCAAGAGACACGAGGCCGCAUAUUCAUUAGAUGGGUAUAUCUGCACCUGGCCCGGCUGCGACUUUGCGACAAAGAGGAAAGCUAACUAUGAAAUCCAUUCUGCUAAGCAUACGGGCGAGCAACGCUACAUCUGUCCUCACGAUGAUUGUAACUACAAGACCCACGACCCCGCUGGCUUCACGCGCCACCGCAAGAAACAACAUGGGUAUGUUGCUCUGCCGCGCGGUCGUGGUGCCCCCUCCACAAAAGGGUCAGACGGGAUUAAACCGUCAUCCCAGCCCCCGGCACAGCUCCAGCCCUUGGCAGAGUUUCUUCCCCCUGCUACAUUCUCCCAAUACCAGCUCCAACUUCAAGCCACGCAACUGCAACCCAUGCAACCGCAACCCAUGCUACCGCAACCCAUGCAACUGCAGCCCAUGUCAUCGCAACCAACGUCACCGCAGCCCAUGCCACCGCAGCCCAUUCAACUGCAACCCAUUCAACUGCAGCUCAUGCAACCGCAACCCAUUCAAUCGCAACCCAUGCCACCCUGGCCCAUGCAAUCUUUUCCAACUGAACACAAACUCCAAUCCACUCAAUACCGAACCCCUCCACCUAUCUACGACUCAUCAUUGGGAGUCUUAUACGGCUCAACAGAUACCGCGGACGACUACACCAUGUAUACUCCACCCGCGAGGACCUCCAACGGGUGGACUGAGGGAUGCAUGUGUCCUGAACUGAUGCAGAGAAGCCCUUCGGAGAUGCUAGGGUAUGAAUAUUAGCGUUAUUAGUUUUCAUGAUCUUUAGAAGUGAGAAUAAUUGGGUGCUGAUCAUCUCAAGGAUAAAGAGGAGGAGUUUUUGUCAGACCGCAAUAACGCAAAUGACCCACGCCUCGCCUCUUGGUUUUUAUAUGCGCGAACCUUCCUCAUCGCUAGCGCCGUGCUCCUUGCAUUUGCACUAUCUCAGUGUCCAAUUUC